AGGUUCUUAAAUUAAUUAAAAAUUGUAACAAUAAGAGGAUUCAACUCUAUUGAGAGUUUUUUUUUUUCUUUUAAAUUUUUAUUAAAAAUUAUGUUGAUUGAGUUUAUUUUCAUAAAAUUGAACAAAAUUUAUGAAAAUAUUUUGCUUAUGGGUUUUAAAUGUUUUCAUAAAAUAAAUAUGAAAUAAAUAUUAAGUAUUUUAACUGAUUUGUGAUUUUCAAAGUUUUUAAAUACUUUUGUCGGCAAAAUAUACUGCAAAAUAUAACAGCAUCAAAAUGAAGGCGGCAACAAGUUAUAGUAGUCUGCUUAUGGAAGAUGUUAAGCAAAACGUAGAAAUUGUUGAUUCAAAUAAACAAAACUCUCAAGUAAAUUCCAAUAAUCAGAAUGAACCGAAAAAAGAAUCUAAACUUCUUUAUGGUAUAAAUGACGCACCCCCAUGGUAUCUUAGUAUUCCAUUAGCAUUCCAGCAUUAUUUAACAAUGAUUGGUGCUAUUGUAUCAAUUCCCUUUAUUUUAACACCAGCACUAUGUAUGGCAGAUGAAGACCCAAACCGUGGUGUUAUUAUAUCAACAAUGAUAUUUGUUACAGGUAUUGUAACAUAUUUUCAGGCAACAUGGGGUUGCCGACUCCCUAUUGUACAAGGAGGUACAAUAUCAUUUUUAGUACCAACAUUAGCUAUACUAAAUUUACCACAAUGGAAAUGUCCACCAGAAGAAGAAAUUUCAAAAAUGAAUGAUGAUGAAAAAUUAGAAUUAUGGCAAAUUAGAAUGAGAGAACUAUCAGGCGCUAUAGCGGUAUCAUCCCUCUUUCAAGUUUUUAUUGGAUACACUGGAUUAGUUGGAAAAAUUUUAAAAUUUGUUACUCCAUUAACCAUAGUACCAACUGUAUCUUUAGUUGGAUUAACAUUAUUUGAGCAUGCAGCUGAAACGGCUUCAAAGCAUUGGGGUAUUGCAGCUGGUACGACAGCUAUGUUAACAUUAUUUUCACAAGUGUUAGUUAAUGUUAGUGUUCCAACAAUUACUUAUCGAAAAAAUCAAGGUUUAGUUGUUACACGUUUUCAAUUAUUUAAAUUAUUCCCGGUUUUGCUUACCAUAGCAAUUAUGUGGAGUUUAUGUGGAAUUUUAACAUUGACAAAUGUUUUCGAAGAAGGUCAUCCCUCAAGAACGGAUAUAAGAUUACGUGUUCUUACAGAUGCUUCAUGGUUUUACAUACCAUAUCCAGGUCAAUUUGGUCUUCCAACAGUAACACUUGCAGGUGUUCUCGGAAUGUUGGCUGGUGUAUUGGCAUGUACAGUAGAAUCAAUAAGCUAUUAUCCAACAGUUUCACAAAUGUCAGAGGCUGGUUCACCACCAUUGCAUGCAAUUAAUCGUGGUAUUGCAACCGAAGGAUUGGGCACAAUGUUAGCUGGAUUAUGGGGAUCGGGAAAUGGUACAAACACAUUUGGUGAAAAUGUUGGCGCUAUUGGUGUAACAAAGGUUGGUAGUCGACGUGUUAUACAAUGGGCUGCUUUUAUAAUGAUAUUACAAGGUGUUAUUGGAAAAUUUGGUGCAAUUUUCAUUAUGAUACCUGAUUCUGUAGUUGGUGGUAUUUUUUGUGUAAUGUUUGGUAUGAUUAUAGCAUUCGGUUUAUCAACACUUCAGUAUGUUGAUUUGAGAUCAUCAAGAAAUCUAUAUAUACUAGGUUUAUCAAUUUUUUUCCCAAUGGUAUUAUGUAAAUGGAUGCAAAAUCAUCCAGGUGUUAUUAAAACUGGAAAUGAUACAGUUGAUGCAACAUUAUCAGUAUUAUUAGGUACAACAAUAUUAGUAGGUGGAUUUUUAGGUUGCUUUUUAGAUAAUAUUAUACCGGGAACCGAUGAAGAACGUGGACUUGUUGAAUGGUCAAAAGAAAUGGAUUUGGGUGAUGGUGAUGUUGUUGAAAAACCAUCAAGUGAUUAUGAUUUCCCGAUGGGAAUGGAUCUAUUAAAAAAAUGGGAUUGGACUUAUCAUGUACCAUUUUUGCCAACUUAUAGAUUAAAAAAAGAAUCCUAAUAUUUCAAAUUGUAACUUGAGUUCUAAAUAUCUUGCUUAGAAAUUUUUGUUUCUUGUCAGUUAUCAUUGUAUAGCUAUAUAAAUAUAUGAAUAAUUGUACAUUAAUUAAAAUUAUUUUGUUAAUGUAUGUUCAUUGUAUACAUAGAAUUAAUAUCUGUAAU